AUGGCACAAUUCGUGCUGCAUACUCUUAUAACCCCAGAGUCCCAGCUGUAUGGACAGGGCAGUGGAAGUGCCUAUUUUGACUCUCAAGCGGGUGGUGCUCAGGUAACCACAGUCGUCUCUUCUGGUGGAGUGCCCGCUCAUGGCAUGGUGGGAAUCGCCAUGGAUGUGGGUGGCAGUCAGAUCAUUUCCAGCGGCAGUGCCUAUCUGAUCCACGGCGGAAUGGAUGGUGGACGCCACCACACCUCUCACUCCUCACGCUCAUCACUCUGCAAUGGGUACUUUCCCAAUGUGCUGAAAUCCUUGAAGACCGCUACACUAGUAACAUGGGAGGGGAGAGCAAAAGCUGGAUCCAGGUUAAUUGCCGCCUCUUUUGGCAAACUCAUCCGCUCCGUCUUCAUGGGCCUUCGCACGCGCCGGCUUGGUACCAGGGGGAACUCAAAAUACCAUUAUUAUGGCAUUCGUCUGAAGCCGGACUCGCCUCUCAACCGUAUGCAGGAGGACACGCAGUACAUGGCAAUGAGACAAACACCUGUCCAUCAGAAGCAGAGGUUUAAGCCCUUUCACAAGAUGGAUGGGAUGGGGGACAGUCUAAAUAGUGGCUCCCAGCAUUUGUCCAGCACCCCUGAGCAAAGCGUGGCGGCACAGUGUCAGCAUCACCAGCAGUACAUUGAUGUGUCUCAUGUCCUUCCCCCCUUCCCUUCUCUUGAUCUGAGCUCCUGUCCUCUGCCAGAGUCCAUCAGCAUGACCGAUGUGAAAAAACUACAGAGCAGCUACAGGAUUCACUGCGAGAGUUCAGAGGUGAGGAUCCUGCUAGGGAUGUGGGUGACUCAGUCUGACUUGGCUAGGUUGAGCUUCUGGUCCUUUCAGGAGAAGAUGGUGUGA